CUUAGAUUAUUGUUUAUUCCAUUAUUUAUUUACUUGGUGUUCUAGACAGGUACCUACACCACGAAAUACAUCACAAUCAAUCAAUUACUGGAAAACUUUUAUCGUAGGUCAACACUAAUUUUGUUAGUAAUGAACAAUAUUACUUUUUACCACAGCAAAAGCUGUGGUAGAUAUAUUUAGGUACGAAUUAAAAAUAAUAUCGGUUAAAAUUCAUAUUAAGUGGAACAUGUUGCAUAAAGGAAAAGUAUGAAAAUUUAUUUGUUACUCAAGAUGAAAAACAAAGAAAGCAACUCCAAUUCAAUCGCGAACCACUCAAGAGACUUGAUCAGUGAGGAUUUGUUAAAAUCCUUUGCUCCUAUUCGUUGUUGUCAAUAUGUAGUUGGUUCUUGCCGAGUCGAUUGCAGAAACAGAUUCGUGACUACACCGACGUUGUAUCAAAGAUUAUAUACAAUUUUACUUUUAUGCUUUGUACUUAUUGUACACUGCAUAUUGAUAAACUUUUUUUACAUCCAAUUUAAGGAUUAUAGAGAUAUAUUUUUCCUAUGCACUUCUAUAGCAACGUUUCAAACGCUUCUGCAUUUUUUACAUUGUGGGUGCAAGCUAGAUAACCUCAUCAUAGACAAUACUGAUAAAAAUCUUUAUAACUGUAUUUAUAAGUUAAAUAUAGCAACAGUCUCUAUAACGCUGUUCGCGUUUCUAUUAGUUUUUAUAACAAGUUUUGACAGAUUGAAGAAAGUGAUCUGUAUAACUGGAAUAAUAUAUACUGAUGUAACAUUUUUACUCGAGACAAGUCAUUACUCUAAUCUCAUGGUAUACUUUGCAAUGCACUUGCGUAUCUUAAAUAGUAUAUUGAAGAACCAUUUGAAUAAAGAGUAUCAAGAAGAUACCAUUGACCUUACAAUACCGUCUCAUAAUGGUUACUUUGUGAAAAUACUAUUCAAACAAAUUGAAACUAAAAACUUAGAUUUAAAGUCAUUCGAAGUUCAGGCGUAUUUGAAGAAACUAUUGAAUGUGUUUUCGCACUAUCAGAAUAUUUAUAUGUUUCAGAUGCUACUGUUUUGCAGCAAGCUCGUUAUAUAUGGUGUACAAUCGUUCCAAUUUAUGAUCUUACUGGUACAACAUAACAUCGUGGAUAUUCUAAUAUACAUGGACCUACUAUUCACAGCAAUUGUGUAUGCAGCUACUAUAAUAUUUCUUUGUCUUCGAUGUGAACUAUUUUGCAACGAGUUAAAACUAACCAAACAACUGUCAAUUUCCAUAAUGUCGUACUGUAUACAAGGAUCAAUCAGAAAUAAAGCAAAGAAAAUAUAUAAAAUAUUAGAAGAAACUCCACCCACAUUCUCAGUGUAUGAUAUGUGGGAAAUGAACGCACGUCUUUUAGUAAAAUUUGGUACGCUUUUUACCGGGAUGUUUGUUAUAUUGAUUCAAUUUGCAAUUCUCUAAUGUAC